CAAAGUCCUGAUUUGCCCCCGUCAACGCAAUAACUCCUCAGUGAGCUCGCUGCGUCGCGCACAAAGAUUGCCGACCAUGCUGGAAAGAUGCUCCAAAGCGACCAUAUUGACUCUCGCACUGCUGUCUACCUCAAUGAUUAUGAUACAGCGGAACUGCUUGGAGAGAGACCCUCAAGCCAGACCUACUUCAUCUGCCUCCCCUCAGCCUCCACAAGAGCAGCAGGCCGACAGACCCAGGCCCCUUCAGAACUCUCCGGCCGUGGCCGAGGUGUCAUGGACAAAGACCUGUCUCUUUACCAUCUCUGCCUUCAACAACUAUGGUUUCGUGAAGUCCUUCCUGGAUCGGGCCGAAGCCCUCAAUCCAGACAUCGAUUGCUUUAUUUGGGUUGUGGCAGACAAUCGCUAUGUGUGGACGACGGGUGGAGAUCCCACCCUGCCGGGCCAGAUUCUGGAUGACUUCCCCAAGAAGUGGCAACUGGUUUUGGUGGAGCAGCUCCAGCCCUACAUGAAUUUCAGUUUUAUGGAGCUUGCCUUUCGCUAUGACAUGACCUGUUUCAAUACAGCCAUCAAACCUCCCGCCUUCAAGUAUAUCUUUGAUCGCUACAAUGCGAGCAAAGUAUUGUACUUUGACAAUGACAUAUGGAUCAUGCAACCCCUGACGCAGAUUGUGAGCGCGUUGGAGAAGUACAGCCUUGUAAUCACUCCACACAUUACCGAAGAGAUCCCCCUUGAUGGUUUGCGUCAAGAUGAGCGUCAGAUCAUGUUGGCCGGGCAAUUCAACUUCGGUUUUGUAGCUGCAAGCCGCAGCAAAAGUGCCUUCAAGUUCUUUGACUGGUGGGGGCAACGCCUUCGCCUCUAUGGAUAUGCCGAGCCCAGCAAAGGGAUGCAUUUUGACCAGAACUGGGCGGAUUUGAUUGUGUCCUACUACCCGCAGGAGGAGUAUUUCAUUCUGCGAGAUCCACGCUACAACAUUGCCUACUGGAAUUUGCACUACCGGGGUGCCCACCUUUACAUGGAGAACGGACGGGUGAUGUAUGACUCUGAGCCAGCGGUUUUUAUGCAUUUUUCUGGCAUGUCCAGCCUUCUUGACUAUGACAUUGAAACCAUCUCGAGGCACCAGAACCGGUUCAAGAUGGUGCAAUUCCCAAACCUACGCCCUAUCUUCGAGAAGUACCUUGAGAUGUUGAAGGCUGAAGAUGCUAUGCGCUGGCGCCAUGUGCCAUAUGGAUUUGGCAUGUUCAAGGACGGAACGCCCAUUCCAUACGUCGUUCGCACCUACUUUGCCGAGAUCUUAGACCCCGUCAAUGCUGGCCAGGAGGCUUCGCGCUUAUUCCACGAAGUCGUGGCCUUUGAGGACCCCUUCAGUGUAGAUGUCACUCCCAAGGUCUCUCUUCUAUCUUGGAUGUUGCAGGGCGUCCAUCACUUGACGGUGGAGGCCAGUGCUCCGUACUGGGUCCCCGAGAUCGCCUGGCAAUUCCACCGAGCCAGGCCAGAUCUGAUGGCGGCCUUCCCCGAUCCCUUGGACCGUCACUGGGAGAGCUACCAGGCCUGGUUUCGGGUCCACGGCGUGCUCACGACCCAGUUCGUGGAGGCCGAGCGCAAACGGAGAAAGAAGAAGUUCAAGGGUUUGCCUAUGGGUGUGAACGUCUACUGCGCCCUCACCACCGACAGUGUCCUCGCCGACGUGGGCCAUGCUGUCCUGGUGGCCAUGGAGUCUGCAGAUCUGCCUACAGCGGCAGUGCUGUUGCCAGGUCCUAGGGAGCGGAAGACGACAGUGAAAACCACACGCAUUCCGACAUAUGAUGUCAACCUGUUUGUGGCCAGCGCCGGGGAUACAGAUGCCAUCGUCAAGUCGUAUCCAAGCAGGGAAUGGAAGAAACACCGCAACAUCGCAUACUGGGCUGAGGAACUGGAUGUUUUUCCCAGUGACUGGCUGCAACACAUGAAUCACUUCGAUGAAAUUUGGACGGCAUCAGACUUCGUCACAAUGUCCAUCCGGAACUCACCAGCGAAUGCUGGAACACCAGUCGUGACAAUGCCCUUGGGCAUAGAUAUAGAUUUGUCGAUAUAUGCCAAGGCUAGGGGGCGUUUCAAAAUUCCAGAAGGCACUCUUGUGUUCCUGGUGAUGUUCAACAGCGCUCAUCAGCUUCGAAACCCCUUGGCGGUGCUAGCUGCCUUUCGGGCGUUUCAGGCUGAUUCAGGCUCUUCCAACGUUCUUCUGGUGAUGAAGUGUGUGCGGCCUGAAGGGGAUGUAACGGAAUUCCAGCAGCUGGAACGGGAGGUGAAUCGAACAAACAAUGCUUUGCUGAUGACCGAUGCCCUGAGCCGGCAAGAGCUAUGCAGUUUGAUGGCCUCAGUGGAUGUCUUUGUGUCACUGCACACAUCUGCUAGUUCUGGGCUGGCUUUAUUGCAGAUGCUGAUGCUGGGAAAGCCGGUGAUUGGAGCAUCAUCAAGUAGCACUUCUGACUUCAUGUCCUUGAUUCCCGAGGAGCUGCAGUUUCUGCAGAUUCCACAAGACCUUGACCAAGUUGAUGCCUCUCAGCCAUCUAGCAAGGACAUCCAGAUGGUUGCUGAAGCAAUGAGCAAACUUAUGGCAGACAGGAGUCUCUUCGACAAAGCACGACGUGUGCUUGGGUCACUCUUUCGCAGGCAGUUUGAUCACAAAAGCCUUGGGAAAAGGCUGAGUUCCCGCCUCGGAGAUGUUAAGAGAAAAUCAUGAGCCUUUGGUAGCGACUCUUUGAGGAAGAGAACUGGUGACGUAAAUCGCACAAAUAUGCAUCACAAUGCAGAAUAGAUUCGGUCACAUGACAGGCCGCGGU